AUGAAACCAAGAAAAAUUCGUCUCUACAUAAUUAAACCACCUAAAACUUUCUAUCUGCAAGUUGAUAAAAAUUCAGAAACAUCGAACAAAAAGACAACAAAAACAAUCUACUCGUUCAACCGUUUCGGAAUCAUUAAUCUUUUCAAAGUGAUAUUGAUUCAACUCACUUUCUAUCGCAUCGGAGAAACAAACGAAGAGAGUCAGCAACUUUCCUGCAAUUACCACGACUCCCACUGUUUCUUUCUCGCAAAGUUGAAAACUUAUGACGCAGUUUUCAGCGUGAAAUAUGCCAACGAUUUUUGCAGAAAAAAGAUACCUGAAAGCUAUUUAGUGGAACCAUAUGAUCAAGCUGUUCAUGAAGGUGCAAAGAAAUUUCUCAGUUCUCACGGUAGUGUAAAGAAAUCAGUCUACCCUACUAACGCUGCUUUCGAGCUCGCCGACAAAUACCAGAACAUGAAAAUGAAUGAAAUGCCAGAACCUUUCCCGGCGGCAAAUUUGGUAUCGGACAAGAGCGACAGCUACGUAUACGGGAUUAGACACGAAACUCUCAACAACACCUGGGAUUUCAAAACAGCUGAUCACGAGCAGUACCACACCGUCGUUUGUCUCCUACCAAUAGCUAUGGCUGAAUGCACAAAAACCAUUAAGCCAUCGAACGCAGCAAGCAGAACAUUUAACAAAAGACAACCCAGCUCUAACUUAAACAACGUACGUAAUGUAAAAAAGCAUUCGGAUGAAUGCAUCGCACCCGGAAAUAAAUUAUCUAUUGAAGAAUUGGCUAAUCAAAUAGUUUCAACUGGGAAAUCAAAUUCAACAAUGAUGCACAAAUCGUAUGAACAAAUGUGGCGAGAAAUUGAAUCUUAUUUAAAUACAACCUCGAUAUUCAGAAAUAACUCAGAUCUGACAAUUUUUCUGGAAAAACUAGUUUUGUAUAACAAGACAUCAAAAUAUUCUAGAGAAAGUAUUGCAAAGUUAGGAAUUCAGAUAAAUAAUUCCGCCAGUGUCCAUAAACUUUUUCAAGUGAUUAAAAUGGUAUUUGAAACAAAGCAUUAUUUUAAUGGCAACACAAGUUUCUUACCUGUGCGUUUGGGUCAAAGGUUUAAAGAAAAUUUUGUAAAGUUUAUGAAUUGGUUGAAGAAUCUUAACUUCGGCUUAAUAUGCAGAUAUCUGGAGUUUUUAAACAAUCCAUUAAAGUUUAGUGAAGAAGAAGCAGAACUGUUACACAUUCCAAGGAGUGCCUUCAGAAUUUAUACAAAGUUUGUAUAUCCACCCAUUGCCGCUGCCCUCGGACACGAGGGCAUCCGUAAUCUCAUAGUGCAAAUCUGCUACACCAUACACAAAAUUCUUUCACCACUACUGAAAAUAAACUGGAAAACGUUAUUCAAUAAAAACCUGGUUGAUAGUAUAAAAAAUUUAGACUUUCAGAUGAUAGGAGACUUUAUAAUGGAGAAUAAGGAACAUCUGACGAACUUUUCAAGAGAAGUCUUUUUGCAAAUGGGUGUUCCCACCAAUCGAAUAGACGAAUACGAAGAAGGUUUCUAUAAAUUAGUAGGUUCUUUGCAAAAUAAAUCGAGCAAUGUAAAUGCAUUGAUAGGAGUUAUCAAAAACGGGAAAAUUUGUAACUGGCAAUCCUUCAUUAGAACAGGAAAAACAUAUUUUACAGAAUAUAUCAAGGGAUUCAAUUUUAAAAAAAUCGGUCAGAUCAUGCUAACUUUGUAUGAUAAAAUAAAAUCAGUAACUAUUGAAGAAGUACGUGCACUGGGAUUAAAUAUAAAAGAUGAGGAUUUUGAAUAUGUACAGAAAAUAUUUCAUAAGAUUGAGAAAACGAUGGAAAAAUUUAAUUUAAACAUUACAUUUUUAACUAGAAAAAUUUAUCACAAAAUUGACGAAAAAAUAGCAAUAGUAAAGUCAAUGAAGAUAUCAGGCUUAAACGUAAAUAAAAAAGAAAUAGAUAAUAUAGAAAAGGUCAUAAUCCUGUACGACCUAAUUAGCAAUCCGCAUGCCGUGACAGAUGGCCAGUUGUUUCGAAUCGGAAUUAGAAGAUCCCAAUGGAACGAUGUUGUGCAGCGCAUUGCAGACAAUGCAAUCCCAUACUCUAACGAGGAUCCUUCUGACAUCUUGCAUAGAUUUACUUAUCUGGAUAAAUGUUUAGUCGUAUACAGAGCUGUUACAUCGUGGUAUGAAGCUCAAAGUAUGUGCGCUGCUAACAAUGGCAACUUGGUUGUAUUCGAUGAAUACUUCCCGACAAGUGUUUUCAACGAUCCAAAAAUAUUUGGUCUUAACGAUUUUCCGUCAUUUUGGACGGGAGCUACAAAACACGUUUGGACUUGGAGGAACAAAAAAUCAUCUCUAGCGUGGAACACUUUAAGUUCAUUCACAGCAUUCUACAACGGGCCAAACUACAUUUACUUGCAAUCUGGAGAUGAUGCAUACAGUUGGAUGGUGUCCGAGAGGUGGUACACAGAGGCUGGACAACACGAAAUACUCUGCAUGACCAAAAUGAUUUACGUGUACCUAUACUUCUUCAAAGUUGUACGAGAUAACCAAAUUAUUUGUUGGAACCUCAAACUGUUUCAUUUUAAUUUAUAG